AUGAUCGUCUUUCCCAUCCUUAAUGACAUGUAUUCGCUCUCCACGAAUUUCCCCUCGUCAGCUGCAACGAGAGAAAUCCCUCGAAGCGUGUCGCCGGCGCUGCCUGAAUCUCAGGUUCUGCGUGGACAUUUCGGAGUACGACAUCUGAAGAGUACGUCCGGAGAGGGGUCACAAAAAAUCUCAUAUAAACCUCGUUCGAACGACAUCCCACUCCUCACAGUCGUUAUUGGCGGCUUCGGUGUCGUUCUACAGGACCUCAACGUUCUCGUCGGCAUCAACUGCAGCGCCAUCACUGUCAUUGGAAAUAGCCCUUGCUCUGAACUGCCGUUGCUUGCACCGGUAACCGACAACAGCCACGUUGAUCGUUUAUUGUUUGCAGAAUGA